GAGGAGGAGGAGGAGAUCCCGCGAGAAAAAAAAAAAGCAGAGACCCAGAGACACGCAGAGAGCUCAGAGAGAGAGAGAGAGGACCCGCCGCACGUGAGGCGCGCGAGACCCCCGUGGAGAGGGGACUAAUCGGUAAUUUGGAGCCGCGAGAUCAUCGUGUUUUUUGCCCGCGCGCACAGGCAGAGGGAGCGUCUCCGACAGGAAGACUGGCACAAUGAACCCCAUGACACAACUGUACUACAAGAAGGCGACAUACUCGCCGUACCGCGACCGCAUCCCGCUUCAGAUCGUGCGGGCUGAGGUGGAGCUGUCUGCUGAGGAGAGGGCCUACCUCACCGCGGUGGAGAAAGGCGACUACGCGGGCGUCAAACACGCCCUGCGCGAGGCCGAGGUCUACUACAACAUGGACGUGAACUGCCUGGACCCGCUGGGCCGCAGCGCGCUGCUCAUCGCCAUCGAGAACGAGAACCUGGAGAUCAUGGAGCUGCUGCUGGACCACGGCAUCCACACGGGCGACGCCCUGCUCUACGCCAUCAGGAAGGAGGUGGUGGGCGCCGUGGAGCUGCUGCUGUCGCACAGGAGGCCCAGCGGCGAGAAGCAGGUUCCUUCUCUGAUGAUGGACAGUCAGUUUUCAGAGUUCACCCCAGACAUAACUCCCAUCAUGCUCGCUGCUCACACCAACAACUACGAGAUCAUCAAGCUCCUCGUCCAGCGGAAGGUCACCAUCCCCAGACCUCACCAGAUCCGAUGUGACUGUGUCGAGUGUGUUUCCAGUUCAGAGGUCGACAGUCUUCGGCACUCGCGGUCUCGACUCAACAUCUACAAAGCUCUGGCCUCACCGUCCCUCAUCGCUCUGUCCAGUGAAGAUCCCAUCCUCACUGCCUUCAGACUAGGCUGGGAACUCAAAGAGCUCAGCAAGGUGGAGAAUGAGUUUCGCCAGGAGUACGAGGAGCUGUCGCAGCAGUGCAAACGCUUCGCCAAAGAUCUUCUGGACCAGGCCCGGAGCUCCAGAGAGCUGGAGACCAUCCUGAACCACAGAGACAACGACCAGAGCGAGGAGCUGGACCCCAGACAGUGCCACGACCUGGCCAAGCUCAAACUGGCCAUCAAAUACCACCAAAAAGAGUUCGUGGCUCAGCCGAACUGCCAGCAGCUUCUGGCCACGCUGUGGUACGACGGCUUCCCGGGCUGGAGGAGGCGACACUGGGCCGUCAAACUGGUGACCUGCUUCAUCAUCGGACUCCUGUUUCCUGUCUUCUCACUGAUCUACCUGUUGGCGCCGAAGAGCGCUCUGGGAAACUUCAUCAAGAAGCCCUUCAUCAAGUUCAUCUGUCACACGGCGUCCUACCUGACCUUCCUCUUCCUGCUGCUGCUGGCAUCGCAGCACAUCGCCCGCACCAACCUGCACAUGCAGGGACCUCCGCCCACCAUCGUGGAGUGGAUGAUCCUGCCGUGGGUGCUGGGCUUCAUCUGGGCGGAGAUCAAGGAGAUGUGGGAUGGAGGAUUCACAGAGUACAUCCACGACUGGUGGAACCUGAUGGACUUCGCCAUGAACUCACUGUACCUGGCCACCAUAUCGCUGAAGAUAGUGGCGUACGUGAAGUAUAACUCAUCUCGUCCGAGGGAGGAGUGGGAGAUGUGGCACCCCACGCUGAUAGCCGAGGCGCUGUUCGCCAUCGCCAACAUCUUCAGCUCCCUCAGACUCAUCUCCCUCUUCACCGCCAACUCCCACCUGGGGCCCCUGCAGAUCUCGCUGGGGAGGAUGCUGCUGGACAUCCUCAAGUUCCUCUUCAUUUACUGUCUGGUGCUGCUGGCAUUCGCUAACGGGCUGAACCAGCUGUAUUUCUACUACGAGACGAAGGCCUCGGAGGAACACAACAACUGCAAAGGCAUCCGCUGCGAGAGGCAGAACAACGCCUUCUCCACGUUGUUUGAGACCCUUCAGUCUCUGUUCUGGUCCAUAUUCGGCCUGUUGAAUCUGUACGUCACCAACGUGAAGGCUCGCCACGAGUUCACGGAGUUCAUCGGGGCGACCAUGUUCGGGACGUACAACGUCAUCUCGCUGGUGGUUCUGCUCAACAUGCUCAUCGCCAUGAUGAACAACUCGUACCAGCUCAUCGCUGACCACGCCGACAUCGAGUGGAAGUUCGCCCGCACCAAGCUGUGGAUGAGUUACUUUGACGAGGGCGGCACGCUGCCGCCUCCGUUCAACAUCAUCCCGAGCCCCAAGUCCAUCUGGUACCUGCUCAUGUGGCUCCACAACAAGCUGUGCAGGAGAGGCCAGCCGCCCGGGGAGGACACGCACAAAUGUGAAAACCUGCGAGAGUUCACGGAACGCCACGCCGACAGUCUGAUACAGAACCAGCACUACCAGGAAGUGAUCCGGAGCCUGGUGAAGAGGUACGUGGCGGCCAUGAUACGCAGCGCCAAGACGGACGAGGGGCUGACGGAGGAGAACUUUAAGGAGUUGAAGCAGGACAUCUCCAGCUUCCGCUACGAGGUCCUGGAUCUCCUCGGGAACCGCCGUCCUCCCCGGCGACAUUACUCCUCCUCCAGUGAGACGGCGAGAGACGACGGUGGCCUGGCCUCGGAGGAUGACAGCGAAUCGGGCGACGGCUGCGGAGGUGGAGGCCAGAAGUCGAAGGGCGUGACGUUCAUGACUCCACUAGAGGACGACAAGCAGCCGACACCGCAGCUCGGCGUGUCUGCGUUGGUGCGCUCCAUUUCUGGAAUGACCCAGAUAGAAAGAGGGAGCGAGGGUAACGAUGGAGAGCUGGAGGAGGGUGUCGGAUGGGGGGAAGAGGAGGAGGAUGAGGAGGGGAAACCAAAGAGCAACGGGCUGAAGACAACCGUCAUCCCUCCGUCCUCCACCACCUUGCCCUCCCCGUCUUCAUCGUUCUCCUCCUCCUUCUCCUCAUCGCUCGCUCGCACGAGGAGUCGCCUGCAGCGCCUCUCAACUCCAGGAUCAAAGGCAGACUCAUUCAAGCGCCUCUCCUACCUGUUCUCGCGCUCCAAACGCAAAGCCCCGCCCAUGCCUCUGCCCUUACAGUCCCCGCCCUCCUACACCAUCUCCGACGGGUUGCUCCGCCCCCUGGGGAGCCACAGCCACUCCGACUUCGGACUCAGUGACGUGACCAGAAGCGAGACUCACCUGAACGAGGUGGGCCGCUCAGUCGACAUCAAUAACCCCUCGUUCUCCCCGCGGAGGACGAACGGGCGGGACUCGCUCCUGACGCUGCCCCUCCCGCCCCCGUGCCCCUGCCAAUCCCUGCACUGUGCUUCCAACAUGUCCGAGUCCAGCUCGCGGCUCCUGGACUCCAGCGAGGACGUUUUCCAGGGCGGAGGCGUAGGAGGAGCGGGCGAGGGAGGCGUGGGCGGAGGAGGGGGAAGAGGCGGGGGGGUGAUGGUGAUGGGCGGGUGGGUGGGACCGUGCGGUGAUGUCAGAGAGGACAGCUGUGAGGUCAUAGAGGACUCCGUCACCACACAGCUAUAGGAGAGACGGACAGCAGAACUGCUUUUCCUUUGUUUGUUUGCAAGUGGCUGAACACAUUCAGAGGGAGAGAGACAGAGAGAGAGGUGGAGGAGGAGGAGGAGGAGGAGGAGGAGGAGGCGGGAGUCCAACGGGAUCUGAUCCGGAUCAUAAGCGGCAGGGGUUCCGGAGUUCUGAGGCGGGAUUUGGUAACGGAGCAGGUUCAGUGAUGGUUCUGAUGACACCUGGGAGGACUGAAGGGAUCCUGAAAUGGCAGGUGUUCAUCCAGACAGUUUGACGUGAUCGGAGGCAUCGUUACCGAAAAGAUUUCCCAAAACGUUUGUCCAAGGAAAAGUCAGAUGAUUAUAAAUUCAUGGCUGUGCCCGAUCUUAUCUGCUAUCUUAAGAAAUCCUAGCUAGAACUUUUAAGUUUUAUUCUUCAAUCAGUGUAGACGAGACUGCCCGUGAGCACAACAACAGCUAUUUAAUUUCCCUUUUAGUUGGCUAGCUAGCUUGUUUGCCACUUUUUAAGCUAAUAAGCUAAUGGUGAUGUUAGCCUAUCUAACAGGCUGACAUCACUGUUAACGUUUCCAGCCUGCUACAAUCAGUGUUAGCUUCCCCAACAGGCUAAAAUCAGUGUUAGCUUCUACAACAGGAUAGCUUUGCUGUUAGCUUUCUUCAACAGGCUAACAACAGUGUUAGCUAUACUUAAAGAUAAUCCUAAGUGUCACCCUAAACUGAGUUAAGAGAGAGUCACAGACUUUUAGAGGUUAAAACAGUGAGAGUGCACUACAGCGGGUGAUGUACUAAGCUAACACGCUACUUAAUGUGCUAACUAGCAAGAAACAAAAGGAGCUGUCACCAUAACAUGAGCUAACACAACAGUGAGUUGGCUUGCUAGCAAGUGAGGUACCAAACUAAAAUGCUACUGAACAAGCUAACUAGCUAGAAGAAGAGGGAUCUACCAAAGUUACCUGCUCGUGAGCUAACAUAACAAUGAGUUAGCGAGCUAGUAACCAAGGUACCAAACUGGCCACUGAAUGAGCUAAUUAGCAAGAAAGUGUGGGAGUUUACCAAGGUAACCUGCUAACAAGCUAACACACCAAUGAGUUUGGAUGGGAGGAACCAACUUGAACGAGCUAACAAGAUAAUUUUCAAGCCUCUCAGUGUGUAUUUAAUUGGAACUAGAUUUAGCAUUACAUGUGAGGCUCCAUUUCCUCAUCAGUGUCUUGUCUUUACACUGCGAUAACAUCACAUGAAUAGAAAAUAGCUCCUGUAGCUUCUGGGAACGUUUUCAAAGUUUAAAAGUUCAUCACUCACAGAGUACUUGAGUCGUCAGCAGAUUCAUAUCAUGGAAAUGUUCUCGAAAUUCUGAGGAUCGCUUCACGUCCAAACUGUCUUUAUAAACAUCUGCCCUUUUCUUUUCUUUUUAAAGGGAGGGUUCAUGUUUUUUUCCCCCUUCUUUUCACCGGACGAUCGACAACACGCAUGAUUAUUAACGGAAUUACAAACAGCCGAGGCGACUCUUCAGUCGCUUUUUCUUUCCCUUUAACCGAAAAAAAAAAACCCUUCUGAUCUGAAACGGAUUAACAAAACAGAGUCGCACCACUGGAAUUUCAACAGAACCUCACUUUUACCACGCUUCCAAAAUGAAAACUGGGACAAACGGAUUAACUUCCCCUUUAACUCUGGGAUCGGAUUGGAUUUAAAUGGUACCGGGCCGGAACCAUCGCUCUGCUGUGGAUUAACCUGCACCCUCUCUCUCUGCAUCAACAAGGGCCAAGGAACUUUAUUUUAUCCUAAUAACAAGUUAUACUAGUAAUAAUAAUAACGAUUCAUAAUAAUAAUGAUAAUAAUAAUAAUGAUAAUAAUAAGAGACUUCUAAUAAUAGUAAUGAGGACUAUUCUGGUUUCUUAAAGACUGUCUUUGCUUCUAUUUGAGUUGCCUACGAUUAUCCCGGCUUCUCGUUCAGCUCUUCCUUAAUAAGUACACUUUAAUUAACCUGGUGAAUGAAAACACGCCGUGAGAUUUAUUGUGAGGGAGGACGGAAGGAAGAAGGAAACCGAGGCGAGGGAGGAUUGGAGGAGGAGAGGGGGGAAGACGAGUCGAAGUUUGCCUUUCUAUCUGGGAAAAUCUAUUUUAAAGGGAAAUUUCACCAGAAUUUCAUCAUGUUUUCCUUUCUUUUCCUUUUUUUCUUUUUCAUUUCUUCUUCUUUUUUUUCCUUGAAGUGGCUCCGGCGCGGCGCAGCGACUUCAAUAAAAAGAAAGAAAAAAAAAAACAAAAGAGGAGGGGCGGCUGGCAUGAGCAGAGGCUGUUUGAAUUUUUACUCUGGUUUAAUAUAACGACUGUCGGCGACGACGUAGAGAAAAUUAUGCAUGUUUGAUCAAAAAAAGAAAAAAAAAAAAGAAACCACAGUUACCUGCAACACACACACACACACACACACUGAAUACAUCAGCUGGUGUGAUGAGUAGCCACCGGCUGAAUGUUUGACCGUCUUACAUCCUCUUCUUCUUCUUUUACAUCCUUCUCUCUCUCCAGCCUUCUCGCUCUGACCUCACCACCAGCUGUCUCGGCACCAAACCCGCCCCAAAAUGUCACUCUGUAACCAUGGAGACACACCCUGCAAUCAUAAUGUCACGGGAAGCUGCGAGGGGACGCUGCCGGGCAUCAGUGUGUCUUGUUUUUGUCACAACAAAUGUGUCGAACUGGACGUGACGACGUGAUUUUAAUCCUCUUAAACGCGAAUAAAAUCAUCUGUAGUUACCUGACGGAGUCGCUCAGAUUAUAAAGGCUAAUCAACAAAAUCAAACUUGAGAUCUUUACUACAUUUAACCAGGAAGUUUUCAUGGGAGACCAAAACAGAAGUGUUAAUAAUGAUGUCAAUAAUCCGGCUUGAACGGUCUCGUGAUUCGCUGCAAAGCUCCGGGCGUUUAAUGGAUCGAUGGUUCGAUCUGUCGACUCGGUCUCACGGCGAGUUAAUUGAUUUCCUCACAGAUCACAAAGAAUCAGCGUGACUGACAUGUUGGUGAAGUUGUUACAGCUCAGCGAUGAGUUUUAGAUUUAAAAUCGUGAUUUUAAAAACACAGUUUCUUGUGCAGCUUCUGUCCAAUCCAGCUCAGUACGAGACACAGGGAGGCUGCAGACAGACUGGAUAAUCAAUCAUCAAUCACACCUCAUCAAUGCCCCUGAUACACACACACACACACACACACACACACACACACACACACACACACACACACACUCCUACAGGACCUGAUUUUAAAAGUCCGAUUUUGUGCUAAAUUAAAACGUCUGCGCUUCUUUCAUCGUCGCACAGAACCGCAGUGGGUAGGCUUUUAUUUUGAAAGGGAGGAAAUAAACACAGGGAUGCAUACAGACGAGUAUUGAUUAUUGAAAGGGAAGGAUUGAUUGUUGCUGAAGGGUCAGCACCUGUUAUUAACACACACACACACGGGACAGACAGUCAAUCACUCUCAUACAUCCCUAUUGAUUAUGGCUCGGCCUUUCUAACAUGCUGCAGGGUGUGUGUGUGUGUGUGUGUGUGUGUGUCGCACAAGGAGUAUUGAUCCAGCCACAAUCCAUAAUAAAUUAUGUUGAUUGAUACUGUGUGUAUCAGUGUGUGUGUGUGUGUGUGUGUGUGUGUGUGAUAGAGAAACUAACUGAGCAUCAUUGAAGACGAUCCGUCCUCUAAAGGCACAGAUGGGACGACACACACACUCAGAUUACACUUUGAUAGCAGGGAAGAGAAAAGACACAAGGUCCAGCUCAUGCAUUAUUCCUCACACACACACACACACACACACACACUCAGGCCUAUGAGCAGUGACCAGCUGCAUGUUUGACUGUAAAUAGUUUGAGGCGUCCACAGCCUCCAGUCUGCUUUAAUAACCCUGUGUGAUCACUGUGAUGUGAAUCACACACACACACACACACACACACACACACACACACACACACACACACACAGUUACUAACAGAAGACAAACAGACACUUGGACCGAUAAUAUAUGAUCAUCACGUUCAGAUCACAGGUGUAUGAGUAACAUGACUGUGACAUCAUUAGUCAUGGUGGCGGUGUGAUAGCUACGCAAGAUGGUCGCCGAGUGACAGACUGCUCUGUUCACUUUCUGUUUCAGCCGACAAAAACAGAUUUUGUUAACGAGACACACAGAAACGUGAUCUGAGGGGAGUACUGGAAGUAGGCUGCACCGUCCUGUUCGCUCUUCAGCUCUGCGACUGUCGGUACCGUUUGUUUUCGUGGAAAUUUCAAUAAUGAUUUGUGGCAGCGAACUAGUUGCUAACAUGCCAUUAGCUGUCCGGCUAACAGCUGAGGGGUUCGGUUGCUAAGCCGUAUCUACGGUCCGUCGUAUUUACUGGAGUGGUGAAUAUCGUUUCCAUUACAUCAGAAACUUAUGGGCUUGUAAUGACUGUUCCAGGUAUUAGUCAAACCCUCAGUUGUUACCCAAGAGACAGAGAAAAACACAUGAAAAUCUAAAUGAACAGGCUUCAUUUUUAUGUCUUUGACGUUGUGUCGAUAACCAGAAAUUAUUGGACUCAACAGAGGAUAUAAUCGAUAACAUGAGCCCCAAAAUGGAAACACGAUGGUCAAUAAACCGGAGCAGCUGGUUGGAUAAAGUUUCAGUUAUUGUUGUCGAUCAAUAACCAAUCCAAGAGCACACGUGUGGUGAUUAUUGUGUUUCAUCGAGGUGGUUAAACGUUGUCGUGGCUCCUCAUCACACAGACAUAAACACAAACACAGAACACACAAACGACAUGAUUCAGGUUCCCCUCUCACCUUCUAAAGGGAUUUUGAGCUUUAAAAAUGAAAACCUGUCCUUGUUUUUUCUUAGUUUUUUGGGAUUUCCACAUGGAUGAAUGUAUGACUGUGUUAUUUUUCUAGAACCGGACGGCUAGCGCACGUUGUUGACUCUUUAAUAAAGGCAUCCUUAGAAAAC